CCAUCACUGUUUAAGUCGACUUGUUUAGCUGAAGGCUUACGGUCAAGCAUCCCCGCCAUUUGGUGCUUCGUCGUGUCACGUGCGUGCACGAUUACUAGCUAGCUAAGCAUUCAUUCCUACCCGCGAUUUGGUCCCAAAAUAUAUAUCGUAUUUGGACGACAAAAUCUGGUCUUUUGCUUUACCAUUUGGUACUCGAAGAACGAACACUAUAGUGGUUGUUGGUAUAAGAUCUUGCGUUAGUAUAAUCCGUACAACUCGCGAACGUUCGAUACCUUCGUCCACCUAAACUGGUGAGCCCAACCACGAACUACCGUCAAUCACUAAACUGGUGAGCCCAACCACGAACUACAUCUUCAAUUCACACGCAGAUAAACCCGGUGAGUUCGUUCCUUUUUGUGUUUAUUCUUGUACUAUAUUGUUAUCGGCACACUUUUCGUCAUGAGUGAUCCUAGCCCCAAAGUUAUUCAGAUUCGCUCAACCGCCAAAACAAUUCAGCUAGUAUCAUUUUGGCCCGAUAAUGCUGAAACGUGGUUUCAGAUUGCUGAGUCUGAUUUUUGUGAACAUGGCAUAACUGAUCAACGUUCACAGUUCCUUGCAGUUAUUCACGCCCUACCGCGGGAAUUCAGCAGGUGCGUAACUCUGCAGAUGUCGGUAAGUAACUCGUACGAGUUGCUCAAAACAUCUAUCCUCAAGAGAAACGUUCUCACAGAUCGACAACGUCUGGAUGAGUUAUUUCGUAACAUCGAGUUAGGAGAUCAGUCAGCCGUGAGCAUGCUGGCAAGAAUGAAAGAGAUCAUUGGCCAAAGUCAGUUCGAUGAAGGACUGUUUAGAGAACUAUUUUUAUCCAAACUGCCACAGUCAGUUCAGACUGUACUUGUGACACUUCAGGGUGUUCUCAUGGAUGACUUAGCUGUCUCUGCAGAUAGAAUUCUAGAGAUAACGAAACAGCCAGUCACCGAAGUAUACUCUGUUACCGAACAGGCUUCGAAGAAGGAUUCUGCAAUGAUAGAGUUAAUCAACUCCGUCCAGCAGAUGCUUAGGUCAAACAAGCCUAGCAAUUCCUCAAACCGUCGUUCUAGAUCCCCUCAACGGCAAAACGCACGUGGACGAUCUAAGUCCAACACACGUUCUGUCAAAAAUCCUGACUGGUGUUGGUAUCACAACACCUAUGGCAAGGAAGCGAAAUGUUGUCGAAAACCUUGUGAUUUCGGCAAAGCCUCCAAGUCUGUGGGAAACUAUCCCGCCGGCACGCGUUAGCGGCAACCGUCGCCGGUGGCACUAGCCGCUUACUUUACAUCCAUGAUGUAAUUAGCCAGACUAGAUAUCUAGUCGACACAGGCGCCGAAGUCAGCGUCCUUCCUGCUACAGCAGCAGAUCGACAGAAGGAUCCUAACUUCAACCUACAGGCUGCAAAUGGAAAACCAAUUGCAACCUAUGGUCGGAAAUACGUCUAUCUGAACGUAGGUUUACGCAAACCUAUUCAGUGGAUUUUCCUAAUCGCUGACGUCACAAUGCCCAUCAUCGGCACGGACCUACUUAAUCAUCAUGAUUUGCUCGUAGAC